AUGUGUCAUAAUCUCAUAGACGGUCGUUAUCACACUGAAUGCAGACACUUUUCUCCAAUGGCGACCAAUUUCAAAGACUGUCAGAAACCAAAUUGUCUGUUCAGCAGAUGGCACGCUCACCCCACAGGGUGUCGAUCUACACAUUGCAUCCGCCUGAUGUCACCGCCUGUUCAAAACCCCAUCAGGAUGGUUCAAAAAAUUUGCACCGAAUGUUCGAAGAUGGAGAGGGAAGGAAGGAGAGUGCACUGCUAG